CGUCACGCGCUCCACUAGUGGUUCACCGCGAGCGCUCAGUCAACUGUUUCAGACCGCGGGCACCACGGGGGACUUCAACCGCCUCCAUCAAGCCUUUCAGGGAUUUAUUUAGUAGGCCUACUAUCGUUUUUAUUUAUUUAGGACUAUAGUAUUCAUUUAGUAUUGCAGCAUAUAUUUAUAUCCAUCAAGCCGUCUCGAAAAUUUAUUUAGUAGCCUACUAUAUUAUUUAUUUAGUACUAUUAGUAUUUAUUUAUCACACUACGACGACGACAACAACUGCUUGACGCACAGUGGAGAAAGUUAUGGAAGGAGAAGGAGGAGGAGAAGGAGAAGAAGAAGCAGAAGACGCGGUGGUGCUUUCCUCGCGGCUGUCGCGGGGUCGGAGGCAGCAGGUCGACGUACGGCUGACUCGGAGGGUUUUGACGUGGAAGGACGUGAAGAAAACCACAAAGUGCGGCAACGUGGGCUUCGGUCACUUCUCCGGAACCGCGGCGUGCCACCGCGUCCAGGUGUGUGAGAUUGUGGCGGUCCAGGAUGGGGACGGCACCCACCCCAUCACCGAGCCCGCGGAGGGCGAGGCGGUUGCCAAGCAACACAAGAAGCCCCACCCCCACGCCUUCACAGUGUGCUACGUCAGGCGGUCGGCGCAGCACCGCUGGCUGAGCCGGGACGUCACCUUCUUCUGCAGCCACCAGGGCCUUCAGCAGCAGUGGAUCACAGCCGUCCAGCAGAACCUGAACUUCCUCAGCAAUCGACCACGCAGCCUGUUGGUGUUCAUCAACCCCCACGGGGGCCGGCAGCUCGCCGUGUGGAUUUACGACCGCAAAGUGGCGCCGCUGUUAGCCCGCGCCGGCGUCUCCACCGAUGUCAUCAUUACGGAGCGCGCCAAUCACGCCCGCGACCACUUGAGAGAGCAGCGCGCCAAUCUGGACAAGUACGACGGGGUGGUGUGUGUGGGGGGAGACGGGAUGUUCAGUGAGGUCCUUCACGGUCUGGUCUCCGGGACCCAGGCGAACCACGGCGUGGACCAGGACCUCCCCGACGCCCGCCUGGUGCCGUGCUCUCUGCGAAUCGGCAUCAUCCCCGCAGGCUCCACCGACUGCGUCUGCUACAGCACCACGGGCACCAACGACCCCGUGACCUCCGCCCUGCACAUCAUCCUGGGAGACACCCAGCCCAUGGACGUGUGCUCCGUCCACAGCGACGCUGCCUUCCUGAGAUACUCCGUCUCCCUGCUCGGCUACGGUUUCUAUGGCGACGUGCUGGCCAACAGUGAGAGGAACCGAUGGAUGGGCCCGCUGAGAUACGACCUGGCAGGGGUGAGAACCUUCCUGAGCCAUCAAUACUAUGAGGGAAGCGUCUGGUUUGUUCCGGCCCCAGAGACACAGCGACUGCCCGGGGUGCGGGAGCAAUGCGUGGCUCGGUGUCACGUGUGCCAGCAGGGGUCCUGCUCAGAGAAGAUGGAACUAAAACAUUUAUCAGACGAUGAGGACAAGUUUAUCAAAGGAAGUGACGGUGAGUGGCGCGUGGUGCAGGGGAAGUUCCUGGCGAUCAACAUGGCCACCAUGAGCUGCGCCUGCCCCAGGAGCCCUCAGGGCCUGUCCCCCUCCGCCCACCUGGCCGACGGCACCGCCGACCUCAUCCUGGUCCGGGGCUGCUCGCGCUUCGGCUUCUUCCGCCACCUCCUCCGCCACACCAAUGCAGACGACCAGUUCGACCACUCCUUCGUGGAGGUCCACCGCGUCAGGAGGUUCCGCUUCCAGCCCAAGAACCAGCAGCUCUGCGUGGCCCCCGAGGACCCGAGUGGCGCGGAGAAGGGGACGAAGACCCAUACCUUCAGCCCCAUCUGCCGCGCCGGGGACGAGGUCCCGGCCCAGAGCACCUGGACGUGUGACGGCGAGAUGCUGCCCCACGCCGCCAUCCAAGUCAGAGUCCAGGGCAAGUUGAUUCAACUAUUUGCCCGAGGAAUUGAGCACCAGUAGCAGAUGUGUGUCUAUGUGUGUCUGUCUAUCUAUGUCUGUCUGUCUGUCUGUCUGUCAGCAGGACUGAACCAGGGGUCCAGACUGAAACAAACUGAGCCUGAAGAUGAACUGUGAACUGGGUUUAAUUAGUAAUCAAUAUUGCCGUCAGCUGGGCUGAGUUAUGUUCUUAAAAUGUGCCCGUGAAUGUGAGCUUUAGUAUCUACAUCAUACAAUUAGAGUUGUUCUGAUACCGACACCAGUAUCGGAAAUUGACCUGUACAGAAGCACCCAAUUUAAACUCUAUUGGAAAAUCCUUCCAUCAGUAAUAAUGAUCGAUGAGAAAAGAGAUGGCUGAAUUCUUUACUGUUACAAUCACUACAGUUGAACUUUGACCUCAAUGGCUGAGAAUAUGCUAACCUUUACUUGUUUCACCGAUACCUACUUUACUACCCAUGAGCCUCCUUGAUUCUCGACCAGUCACAGUAGAGCACAACGAUCGACGUUUGCAACAGCAGACGUUACCGUGGCGAUAGCAGCUUAAUGGAAUGCCGUGGGACUGGCCCGAGCCAAUCAGAUAAGCUUUGGAUUCAGUCACUAAAAAAAAAAAAUGCACCCUGGCUACUUCAUCGACUGUCUCAAUGAAUCAUGGGUUGAAUGCUAGGGUAGAAGUGAACUGCACCAUGGGAAUAGUAGUUUGACGUGAUUACGGACACACACAGCCCUGUAAACGUUAUUUUUCUCUUGUUUUUCCUAGUUUUCAAAAGUCAAAUCUAGUUUAAUUUCCCUUUACUAUGCCCAUGUGAUAAAUCAGGUUUGUGAUGGUCAAUUUGAUGCACAUUUAGUUAGAUUAAGGGCAUUUAGCAGACAUUUAGCAAAGCGACUUACAAUAAGUAGAUCAUAGAACCAGGUGCCAAGCACUAACCAUCAUUAGGUACUGCGUUUGAUACGGCUAUGUUAAUAUCUUAACUAGAACCAUCGCUUAAUUUGAAAUAAUCGAACGAUUUAGAACCGGUCUAAUCCGGAAUCAUGACGUAGCUUGGGAGAAGGGAGAAGGAGGUAUUCGUCAAAGUAUUCAUUUGAAGAAGACAGCGACUCCGAUAACGGCGGGGCCCGCAUUAAACGGGAAUGGUCGUGCUCCGAGCGAGGCGGCGGCCGUUCCGCGGCGAUGGAGGUGAGAGAUCAGCCCAGCUGGGGGAUAACGGGCCGUGAUGGCUUCAUAAUGCACUAACAGGGCCCCAGUGGCUCAUGGGUAAUGGAGCAAAGUGGUUGCUAAGUGACUCGGCGCCGUCGCACCUGUGACUAUGAGCCGGGCUCCGCUCCGUUAAGACCAACCGGCGUGUGGCCGACCGUCCGGCCACCGGCUGGAACCGGUCUGGAACGCGGCGGUUAAAAGGAGCGCUGUUGACGGUUUAGCAAGAGGCGUCUCGCGGAACAGACUGGGAAUGGAGCAUGAUAUUAAUAAGUAUGUUUUAAUUAGUGUAUCAUAUCGUACGAGAGAGAGUCAUAAUGUUUCAUACAAGCGAGAGAGAGAGAGACAUAUCAUACCUACGACAUAUCAUACGAUAUUACGUUUUUAUUGGCCAAUAUUCAUAAUUUUUCAAUUUGAUUAUUUUUAUGAGGUUGACAAGCUGGUCUUGAAAGUUAUAUUUCCUGAAUGAUUGAUAUUGUAUAGAAUGGUAAAACUAAUUAUCUUAUAUUAUAUAUAUAUUAUAUACACAUUUAUUUUAAAUGAUUAAGCAUACACCGACAAUCUAUGGCUGGAACUGUGAUUUAUUUUUGUAUGAUAUGUAUAUUGUUAUGUUAUACCAAAUUAAUAAUAAGGAUGGCUGAUGAACUGGGGAUGUUAGCUAUUUCUUUAGUCACUUUACUGUCAGGUGUUUUUGUAACAGACUACGUGUAGAAAUGUCACUUACCGUAAUAUCACAAAUCAAAUCGAAUAUGAUUACAUAAUGUCACAGGAUCUAAUUUAACUCAAUAAAUAAAAUAAAUAUUAAUAAUAUAAUAAAACGAUUUUGUUGACG